CUUUCUCUCUCUCCUUUUUCUUUCUUCUUCCCCUCUCCUUUCUCAUCAUAUCUUUAUUACCUUCCACUUUCUGAUUUUCUUCCCCAUGUCAUUCUUGCUUACCAAAUACAACAAACAAACCCAUUAAUUCAAUGACCAUAACAUCUAGCUUGGUUUUCCUGCAAUCCAAUCCAAAGCUCUACCUAGGUGAAUCUGGCAUUUCGUCGUUUAGGUUAAAUAAAGCUGCUCUGUGGUUUUGAAGGUAUCUGUUGCCAUUUGGGGGAUUACAUGAUGAUGGAUUGAUUUUGAGGAAUGGUGACUUUGGGUUUAUGGAGUGUGCAUGUUGUUUAGGGUAUGUGGUGGUGGUUUGUUCUGUUUGGGUGGUUGAUGCUCUCCUAGUGUGGAUCUAGAGGGUUUUGGAAUUUGUGUUUGUGGUUGGUUUCGGGGUGUCCCUUGAGGAUUGUAUGCUGUCCAGGUGGUGUUUGGUGAUGCACUUUUCUCUUCACCCUGGUGCAUCUUUAGCUUAUGGGGUGGAUUCAAUAUCCGUUGACAGGAAGGCAAAUAAAAUGACGGUGAUAGCGGACGGAAUUGAUCCAGUGGUCAUAGUGUGCCGAUUGAUAAAGUUCUUUUCCGCAGAAAUAAUUACAGUAGGACCAGCAAAAGAGCCUGAAAAGAAAAUAGAACCCAAGAAAGAAGAGCAGAAGCAGCAAGAAGAAGGUCAGAUGAGUAAAGAUGAAGAUCAAGUUAAAAAAGAUGAAAAUGCUUUUGCUGAGUUGAACAUGUCUAACCAGGCCAUUAUUGAUCCCUAUUUAGCUCUAACAGUUCCUGAGGAGGAUCGAAAUGCUUGUGUCCUUAUGUAAUCUGGCAGAUGUCAAAAGUGCUGGUAGAAGUCUGAAGGACAGAAGUUGACAUUGAAUUUAUAUCAUAUUAUUAAUGGAUUCUCUCCCUCAUGUAAAAUAUAUAUAAAUAUUUUUCAUUAACGUAUAAUUGUUGUGGUUUUGAUCUUCCU